AGCCGGCACCGGCACCGGCACCGGCACCGGCACCGGCACCGGCACCGGCACCGGCACCGGCACCGGCAGAACCGAACCGAACCGAACCGAACCGAACCGAACCGGGAGGGACCCGCGCCCCGAUCCGGCUGCGCCCCGAUCCGGGAGGGACCUGAACCGGGAGCGAUCUGCGCCCCGAACCGGGAGGGACCCGCACCCGAUCCGGGAGGGAGCCGAACCGGGAGGGACCCGCGCCCCGAAACCGGAGGGAGCCGCUCCGCGAAGCCGCUGCGCCCCGAUCCGGGAGGGACCCGCAGCCGAACCGGCUACGCCCCGAGCCGGGAGGGAGCCGAAGCGGGAGGGACCCGCAUCCCGAACCGGGAGGGAGCCGAUCCCCGAACCGGCUGCGCCUCGAACCGGGAGGGAUCCGAACCGGGAGCGAUCUGCAUCCCGAUCCGGGAGGAAGCCGAUCCGGGAGGGAUCCGCACCCAAUCCGGGAGGAACCCGAGCCUGGAGGGACUGGAACCGGGAGGGAUCCGCACCCAAACCGGGAGGGACCCGCACCCCGAGCCAUCCGCACCCCACAUCGGGAGGACCACGCGCCCCGACCCGCCCGCGCAUCCCGACCCGGGAGCCCCCCGCGCCGCGAGCCGGCCGGCGAUGCCCUGAGCCGCAGCGGGCCGGCGCCAUGGAUAACGCGCUGCCCGUGGCCGAGGAGCUGCAGCGCCGGCGGCUGCACAACGCCUCGCUCAACGAGUCCUUCGCCAACCAGUUCGUGCAGCCGCCGUGGCAGGUGGCCCUGUGGGCCGUGGCCUACGGCCUCGUGGUGGCCGUCUCCGUGGUGGGCAACGUGGUGGUGAUGUGGAUCAUCCUGGCCCACAAGCGCAUGCGCACCGUCACCAACUACUUCUUGGUGAACCUGGCCUUCGCCGAGGCCUCCAUGGCCGCCUUCAACACGGUGGUGAACUUCACCUACGCCGUGCACAACGAGUGGUACUACGGGCUGCUCUACUGCAAGUUCCACAACUUCUUCCCCAUCGCCGCCGUCUUCGCCAGCAUCUACUCCAUGACGGCCAUCGCCCUGGACAGGUACAUGGCCAUCAUCCACCCGCUGCAGCCCCGGCUCUCGGCCACCGCCACCAAGGUGGUCAUCGGCAUCAUCUGGCUCCUGGCUUUCCUGCUGGCCUUCCCCCAGGGCUACUACUCGGUGACGGAGGAGCUGCCGGGCCGGCUGGUGUGUCUGGUGGAGUGGCCGGAGCACGACGCCAACGCCUACGGCAAAACGUAUCACUUCUGCAUGACCGUCCUGAUCUACUUCCUGCCGCUCCUGGUGAUCGGAUGUGCCUACACCGUGGUUGGCAUCACCCUCUGGGCGAGCGAGAUACCCGGCGACUCCUCCGACCGCUACCACGAGCAAGUGUCGGCCAAGAGGAAGGUGGUGAAGAUGAUGAUCAUCGUGGUGUGCACCUUCGCGCUCUGCUGGCUGCCCUACCACAUCUACUUCACCCUGCAGUACUUCAACCCCGAGUGGUACCUGCAGAAGUUCAUCCAGCAAGUCUACUUGGCUAUCAUGUGGCUGGCCAUGAGCUCCACCAUGUACAACCCCAUCAUCUACUGCUGCCUCAACGACAGGUUUCGCGUGGGCUUCAAGCACGCGUUUCGGUGGUGCCCCUUCGUCAGCGCCGGCGAGUACGAGGGCCUGGAGAUGAAGUCGGCCAGGUACCUGCAGACGCAGAGCAGCACCUACAAGCGACUCCAAAACCGUCUCCGAAAGCCUCAGCUUCUACUCGAACACGCUCAGCUAAGAGGUCCCCGGCCCCUCUCGCUCCCAGCGCCAUCGCCCCAGUCCGCGUCUCCGUGCCGUUUUCCCGUCUCUCGCUGCACCGACGACAGCGGGGCAGCCCAAGAACCAAAAAACCCCCCUUUGGAUUAAUUUUGGUGUGCUUCCUCAUGGAUCCUCUUUGAAUGCAAGGGAGGCCAAGCUUUUUCAUCCUCCCCGUCACUCCUGGCCUCGUAUCCACAUGGGCAUAAAUCCGUGGAAAAAUAUCCUUUAUGAAUUUGGGGGCCACAACGCCAGUUUUCUGCAGGGACCACAGAAGCCAGGGACAGGUUUUUGGAUGCGACCCAGAUUUUGGUUGCUAUCUAGCAGUUGUACGUGCCAAAAAAAAUCAUAGUUGUUUCCCAAAAGGCUCAAAGUGGUGCAUCUUGUGUAGGUUUUGGAAGCCUGGGGAGGUCUGGGGGAGAAGAGACUAUACCAAAAUACCUGUUUCGCGACCCCAAAAUGGUGAGAGCUGCCCAGAAACAGGGGCACAGCAGUUUUCCGUCAUAAAACCGAGUUUUGCCAACGUGAAACGUUUGACGGGUUAUGGGAGUUUUGCAGAUAUUUUUGCUCGGCGACGUGCCAAAAGAAGAACCGCUUCCGCUUUCUGGAUUUUGUUUCCCAAGAACUUUCUCUUUUCAUCCCCUUCGCAUAAAACCGUAAGUUUAUGACGUGCAUAUGGGUGUAUUAAAUAUCGCUGUUGCUGUGACGUGGUUUCAUUGGGGCCAUUCGUGCCAUUCGCUCCGGCUACCCAAACCGGCGCCGUUGCAAACAUCGGCACUUCGGAUGGAUCAGGAAUUUCGCCGCGUGUCCAGUGCUGGAUUUUCGGGAAAGCUCACCGAGAAAGGAAGGCGGCAGUGGAGAGAGCCAACACCUUUUCAUUACACGCUGGGACUUUGCUUCCCCGCGGGAAAACCUCGGGAUCCUCCGGCGAGCAGCCUCCACGCAGCCAAAAGGCUCCUUUGGGCUUGUGGACACGCAUCCAAAAGAGGGAAAAAAGAAAAAAAAUAGAGGUGAGCAAACUUGCUUUGUUGGGAACAAAAUUACAAGCGUUUGGGCUUUUUUAUUCUUUUCUUUUUUCUUUUAAGCAUGUGAGUUGUUUCGGCAUGAGCUGCUAAGAUGAAGGGUGUUGCGUUCCUAGGCUUUUUUUUGCUGGAUUUAGCUCGGAUUGGAGGUUUGGCUGGCAUCGCCGCGGCCGCUGUCGCGGGAGCUGCCGGCACCGUCUCUCCCUCCUCGGGGUGGAAAUGAGCUUGUAAAGAAGAUUAUUCCCGGCGACAGAGAUGCUGGAGAGGAGCCGACAGGCUGGAGCGGGGCAAGGAAGGGGCUCGCUCGCCGUGAAGCCGAACGUCGCCGUGAAGCCGAGCCCACGGCCCUGCCUGGAAGCGGAGCAGCGACGGCUUUUUGAGCUUCCCAACCCACUGUUGGACGAUGCAGUCAUUAAAUAAAUCGGCCAGCCGCGAUAGCGUUUGGGCAUCAAUGAGUUUGAGCAACGGCUCCAGCCGAAACCCCGCAAACAGGAUGCCAGAUUGAUGCGAGAGCAACCCAAGUGCCGCAAAAUGGGGUUAGCGAGAGCAACUGCAGUCAUUUUUACCCCAAAUCCCGCACGAUGCCAUCGCUCCAGAGCAGCCCCGGCUGCCGGGACAAUGUGGGGUUGCAAACUCCAAAAGUCAGCAGGCAAAAAAAAAAAAAAAAAGGGAAAAAACCCUCUUCUCCAGGUUUUUUCCCCACUCCGAGUGCCAAGGUGCCAGCUGUAACGCGGAGGCUUUUUUCCAGCUUUUUGACGCCCGUUUCCCUGCUUUGCUUUCAGAUCUCCCAUUAGAAGCGUGCUUGCAAAGCCGGGCGGUUUCUUUGUCUCUUUUCUGGCUCUCUGAAAUGCAAAAUAACCGUCGGCACCGCGGGACCUGCGACCGCCCCGUUAGGAUACGCUGGAAUAACCAGGCACGCGCCGCAGCGGCAGGGCGAACCCAGCCCGAACAAGCCAAAAAAACGCCGCAGAAGGCAAGGAAAAGGGGCUGCAAACCCCAAAUCCCAGCCCAAACCCAUCUCCUUUCCCCCAGGGGACUGGUGCACGCUCAGGUUUGCGUCCCGGCAUUUCGGGAUCGCUCUUCGCCACCGGCAGCACAGACCAAGGAGCGGCAAAUCCCCGUUUCCGUACGGACCUUGAAGUCCACCCGGUUGCUCGGAAGCGCAAAUUUAACGCCCUGUUUUCAACCCCUCCCCGGUGCAGGAUAAAAACGGCAAAGAUCAGCCCACGCCCUGCUUCCUGCUCCCACUAAGAUAAAAUAAAAUAAAAGAUAAAAUAAAAGAUAAAAUAAAAGAUAAAAUAAAAGAUAAAAACAGGCAGUUUUGCAAAAAGGGAGCUCCUAGUUUGUGCUCACCAUUAAAAAAAAAGGCCUUCCAGGCUCAAAUGAUCAGUUUAUAACCCACUGGUCACCCCACGCUGCCCCAAAACCGGUCUCCAGUGAACACAGCACCCCAGGUACUUGCAUUUUCAGUUCAGUUUGCAGCUAAUAAGAGUUAUUCCCACGGCAGCAUCCCCAUCCAAAGAGUCAUUCCCAUGGCAGCAUCCCUAUCUGCAUGGUCUCGCUCCGACCAUCGGGCUCGCCUACCGUUAAGUCGAGGCAGAUUUUGGUAAAUAAAUGGGUUUUUUUGCAUGAUGCCCAGUCACCGGGGACAGGAGGAGAAGGGGGGGCAGAUGGGACCGGUCCAAAAUCAGGCGAGAGGAGGGCUGCCCUUGCCAUCAGCUGCAGCCAACUGCAAUGUGCAGGUUUUAAUUAGAGGAGCGGUGCCGAGGCGCAGCUGAUCGGCAUCAGUGCCAAAGGCCCUGUCCCACUCGCCUAUUAAGGCUGGUUUAUUUAUUUUUAUGGGUCUUUUUUUUUUUUAAUCAUGCAAAAGGGAGAGGGGGAAUAAAUGGUGGUGCACGCUGCUGCCAUGCCGUGCUUUGCGCGGGUGUCUGCUCCCAGCCGAGCUUUCCCGCAGAAAUCCCACGUCUCCGGGCGGUUCAGCACGUCGGAUCCGAGCGAGGAGUCAACGUCAACCUUUGCCAGAGGGUUGGCAGCGGUUCUUCAGUGCCCGCUGGAGAAAAGCGUGGGAGCCAGUUGUAAAAGAAAAGCUCAUCAGCCAGGAUGAUGGAAAAAUGCUGGAAAGCAGCCGGGCGAAUCCGAAAUCGGUGUGGCCCCGUCCGUCCUGGUGUGCAUGUUUGUCCCAUUUGCAAAGCGAAUGCCGAGCCUCGAGGCUGUUCCCUGGGAAGCGGCGUUCGGAGGAGAAACGAACCCCCCGGGCUUCAAACUGAGCCUACUGUUGCGUGCAAAUCCCGCUAAAAACCAGAGUUAUCCUGCUUUGGGUCAGGCUUUGGGGAAUUCUAGGUAGUUGCUUUGGAAAGGAGGGGAGGAGACGUAGAAAGGGUUAUUUCCAGCCUGGCAAACCUGGGUUCAGGCUGCAGGUGGAGGGCUCGAGCCCCGGCGCGGCGGAUGGAAGCGGGACCGAGCCUGCUCGGACCGAGGGGAAAAAAUCGCGGCUGUUUUUCACCUGUCUGGUUGGGUCUUUUUAUAGCUUUCGUGUGCCACCGCGGAGAGUUUGGCAGACUUCAGCGAUCCCAUCAAUCUGAUUAUUCACUAUGGCAAAGGCAUGAGUUUGCCUUAAUUAGCGUUUAUGGAUGCCACCGUGCUUUGCAUAAAUGUUGGCUUGAUACGCGAGUCAAAAAUAACCCCAGAAAAUGAAAAUUAAGGGUAGUUAAUUAGUUGUAGCUAUGCGCCCGUGUGUAAACUGGGGUUUCCAUGGCACCAAAUGGUCCAUUGGAUCAUCACGAUAAAGUUAGACCUGAAGGAGAAACAACUUUCGUUUAAAACCUAGAGGGAAGCAGCUUCUCCGCGUCCUCCGUAAGACUUUGCGGGCUCCUUGGUUGAAUUCCCGGGCCGAUCGCGGUGGGUUUUCGCUUCCCCGUCGCCACCGGGGCUGCCAGCCGGAGAGCUGCAGACGCCGCUCCGUCGUAGCCUCGCUGUUUAGACAAGCAAUUACUCUUUAUUACUGAACUAAACGAGUCGAGCAUUCGCUAAUGAAAGAUGUGAAAACCAGUGGAGACAGCGCGAAAAGCCGCCCGAUCUGACGGCAAGCAUGAAAUGAGGGUUAAGAGCAGUUUGGAUGUUUUGGGUGCGUGGGGGGCAGCCGAGUAACAGCAUUAAAGUGACUUUCCUCUGCCUUGGAGAGAUGCAAGCUCCUGAGGAGGGGAGAGGGUGAGAGUAAUUAUUGCUAAAGAGGAUGGAUAAGUGUGACGACGAUGCUAAUGGGUCUGAUUAAGGCAAUAUUAUUAAUUUGAGCAAUUUGACAGGCAGGGAAGCGUGUCACGGAGGGGUCUGGGAGGUCCCGCUCUGACCUGGCUCGGUGCUGGGCUAAUGCUACACGGGAUCAGGUUGCUCAGGACUUUGUCCGGGUGAGCCCAGAGGAUCUCCCACACCGGGGAUCCCCACUGGAUCAUCCUCACCAGGAUCAGGCCACGCUGAUCCCGCUUUCUCCCCUUCCUUUUCAUACAAGCAGCUGUAAGCUUCCCAACAAAACACACCGCGGUUACAAAAGACCAAGGUGUCAAGAAGAAACACGGGCGCUUCCCGAAGCCCCAGUCCUCCCGAAAAGCAAUUGCUCAGGGGAGCAUCACCAUGCAGAGCAUCUCCAGAAAUAUAUUGCUGUUACUGCAAACCAGAUCGCGCUGUCCGCCUUGAUUGAAGCACAAAGCAACAAGAUUUCAGGGAGGUAAUGAGAGCAAUUUAAGCAGAGGUGAAAAGAGGGGAAAAAAAGGGAAAAGGAGAGUUGUUCUGAAUCACUCUUGCUCUCUGCAAAGCGGCACGCAACUGCGCUAGCUCAACAGCAGAUAAUAUCGGUAUUGAGCGACGGACAGUUGAUUAUUACGAGCUGUUCGCAGUCCAAAAGCCUCCCUGAUUCAGGGCAUAAUGAAACAGGCUGCAAAUCUGCAUUUAGAUUGAGGCAUUUAGGAAUCCAUACCCCAAAGAGGAGCUGUCUUCCUUGGCUGAUGCUUUUGAUGGUCUUCACAAAGGAAGACAAAAAUUGUGCGUGGCUUAAAAACCCCGAACAGCCCCCAACCCGGUGCUGCCGCCCUUGGCCGAGACAUCCUCCGGCACCGCGGGCCGAAGGAUCGCCCCGACACCCAAGCGGACACCAGCCGCGGACGUUAGCCACACCAAUAUUUGAUCAGCUGCAAAAAAAGGCCACGGACCGGUGGCAGAGGCACCCCAGGACACCUCCAGGGACAUCUGAGCCGCGUGGCAUGCCCAGGGGAUGGAGCCCACGAUGCAUUUUGGACGCGGUCAUCUCUGGUCCCAGAUGCUCUCUGAAGAUAAACCCUCCCUGAGGACCGGGUCUGUGCUCCGAGCACAGCAAAGCGAGGUGUCCCAUGCUGCAAACCAUCUUCUCCUCCUCCUACAAAACAGAGAGGUUCAGAGGAUGCAGCCGUGGCAAUAACCGCCAAAAUCCAGGUUGCAAACCCGGUUAGCAGCCUGUGCUCACUGCAGCUCGAGGGCUGCAGGCUGUGUCCGGACCAGCCUGCUCAUUUCCCCCUCUUCCAUCCUACAGGAACGUCGCCAGGAACAACACGAGACGUGCGUGGGCACAGCCAGAUCCGAGCCGGGCAGCGGCACGGUCGCCGACAGCAUGCCUCGCCAACGCGGCCGCGCCGCCUCCUCCUCGCUGCCGCCUUCCCCGACAGCCUCCGAGGAUUUACAGCACCAGUCGCAUCCCUCAUCCGCUUCAGAGCCGGCAAUCUUACCUCGAUCGCUUCUCUGGGACCUCCAGGGCUUUUCCGCGGCUGGAAGCACGAGCCUGUGCCGUGCCUGCGCUGUGGAUGAUUUAUACAUCACUGCGCUUGAGGGGUUGUUUUUACGUUUGAUUUUGCAGCUGUUACCGGGGCUGUGGAAUUCGGGAUUUCAGAGUGCAAAUACUUCACCUGGUGAUAAAAAAAAAAACAAGAGGUGGGUUGUAACCCUCUUCAGAUCAUCCUGCGUACGCUGGCUUUCCCCAGGGACCCCCUGCCCGGAGCCACACUAAGGGGUCCGAGGCAACGAAGUCCAAGCUGCGCUAGUGCAAUUGUGCUACAUCCAAAUCAGCAAAAAGCAGAAGCAGAUGAGAGGGACACCAAGGACAGCAAGGAGGAGGA